AAUCUUUGUGUGUUUGCUGGGGGUGCAAUAGUAGCGUACAUAUUGUCAAUAAGAGAAGCAUAUAUGUGUCUGGAUUUAAAUAAACGUUCCUGAAUGUGAAAGAGCAGCGUUGUCCUCCCCAGCUUCAGAGUCCAUCGAGCUACUGCGAUUUUGUAAUGGAGUCCUGCAAAGUGGUGGAAAAUAUCUACCUGCUGGUCAUCGUCACUCUCAUCAGUGUUCUUCAGAAUGUGUUUUUUGCUCAAAAGGUUGAGAGGGAAUGCAAGAACCGCAACAUGAGCACGUCUGCUUUUGAGCGAGUGUCUUGUGCAAAUCGGAACUGCAUGGACGCCUACCCCACUUUUCUGGCAGUGAUGUGGUGUGCAGGAGUUUGUCUCAGUCAAGCCCCUGCAGCCUUCGCCGGGAUCAUCUACCUUCUUGUCAGACAGAAGUACUUCAUUGGAUAUUUGGGACAGAGCUCUCAAAGCACUCCUGGAUACCUGUUUGGAAAACGCAUCAUCUCCUUCCUGUCCUUGAUGUGCAUUGUGGGCGUCUUCAACUACCUGCUGUGGCGCUAUUAUGGCAGCGACUACAAGGAAUACGUAGAAACCAUCACAAAUGCUGCAUCUGCUCUCCUGCUCCUCCCAUAGCUCAGCAUGUCACAUAUAGGGAGGAACAUAAGUACUGAACAUGUCAGUGUUUUUAGCAGUGAAUAUCUCUUAUCGCUAAUAAUGGGGCUAUUGACAUGUAACACAGAUAAUUCACACAUACACAUAAUACAAAAAAUAAGUCUAUAAUUUCAGCUAGUUGUAAUAAAGCUUAAUGGCACAGGGAAUAGCAAUUGAACACAACAAAAAUUAGCUUAAAAGAAGGCAUAGACAGCUAAGAAUGCUGCAGAAAUCUGUCAGCACUUAAAAAGCAACACUACUCCCUAUCAGCAACAAAUAACUGGUUUAAUCCCUAUUAAAACCUAUAAAAGAGAUUACUUCCAGCAUGCAAGAAGUGGGAAUCAAGAAUUACAACCUCAAUGUUCCAGAACCUACUGAACGAAUUAAUCACAGAUGUGUUUCUAAACUGCUGAAUGUUCCAGUAAACAUAGAUUACUGGAACAACCUUGGGUGGAAAGAAUUUUACCAUAAACCAGCCACAACUAAGUACUCGUCACAAGAUUUUCAGCAGAAUAGUUAAAAUAAUCUGGAAAGUUGUCCAAGAGCCACUAAACACUAGCUGGCACUAGCUGGUCCAGUUGGUCCAUGAGAACAGACAGCAAUUUGGUGGAGAAAUUUUACUCUGCAUCACUAAAACAGAACUGUAAGGUUUGAUGGUGGGAACAUAUAUAAAUCAAAUUAGGGUGGAUUUUAGCUAAUGGUCUCAGAAAACAAAUGAAACACAGCUAAUUGAAUGGGCUAAACUAGAAUUAAGCUGAACAGGCAGAAAUGGAGAUCAGGGUUCACAGAAGAAGUUCAAAUUCCUCCUAACCAAUGUAUGGUACUAGUUCCUAUAAAGGGAUAAAUUGUCAAAUAUUUUUUUAGCUCUUGAUUUAUUUCUCCAAGUAGUUUUAAUAAUCCUUCCAUAUUGUUCCACUUUAAAUUGUAGACUAAGUUGUCAUGUUGAUUUCUAAGUAGUACUACUUGGGUUAUUACUAACAUCUGUGAAGUUCAUGUCAAUAGCUUCAUUGCUUAAGUUCAAUGCUUUUUCAUAUCCCACAUUCAAGCUAAAAGUCACAGAAUUAAAAGGCUUUAAUCACA